AUGGCGGAAGAUUUUGCAGCCGACAUUGCAAAAUCCCUUUUAGGGAAGCUAGGCUCUUUUGCAGUUCAAGAAUUUUGUUUGGCAUGGGGACUUGAAGGUGACCUUGCACGUCUUGAAGAGAGAUUGUCAGCAAUCAAUGCAGUUCUGUCAGAUGCCGAGAGGCAACAGUCACAAAAUGACAGGAUUCGGCUUUGGCUCCAGAAGCUCAAAGAAGUCUUUGAACAGACUAUUGAUUAUAGUCAUGUCUUGCAUGAGGAAACAGAGAUGAGACAAUCCUUUGAGAGCUUUUCCGGUCUUAUCGGAAGAGACAGAGACAAAGAAUGCAUCAUCAGCCUUCUAGGAGAACCUUUUGAGGUUGAUGGUGCACAUCCCUUUGUCGUUCCGAUAGUUGGAAUGCGUGGGUUGGGGAAGACUGCUCUGGCCAAAACAGUGUGUGAUGAAAGUGCUCAUUUUGAACUGAAAAUGAUGGCAUGUGUUUCAGAUGGUUUUACUCUAAAACAAGUGAUUUCAAAAAUUAUUAAAUCUGCAACUGGAGAAAAAUGUACUGAUUUGGAUGAGAGCGAACUAAAAGCAAAACUAGAAGAAAUUUUGAAUGUGAAUGCAACCAAGGGUGUUUUCCCUGAUGAGAACAAACUAUGA